AUGGAUAUAAUUUGGGAAAUAUUGUUCAUUCUUCAUGCCAAUGUUAUCGUCUGCAUAUCAGCACAGCCCAAUCCGCCCAAAAUUCACGAAGGAUGGUGGGCGUACAAGGAGGUGGUGCAGGGGAGCUUCGUUCCAGUGCCGUCGUUCUGGGGGCUGGUGAACUCGGCUUGGAACCUGUGCUCGGUGGGGAAGAGGCAGUCGCCAGUUAACAUCGAGACCAGCCACAUGAUCUUUGACCCCUUCCUCCAACCAAUACGGCUGAACACAGGCGGACGCAAGGUGGGAGGGACCAUGUACAACACGGGCCGCCACGUCUCCCUGCGAUUGGACAAGGAGCACCUGGUGAACAUCUCCGGAGGGCCAAUGACGUACAGCCACCGUCUGGAGGAGAUCCGGCUACACUUCGGCAGCGAGGACGGCCAGGGCUCCGAACACCUGCUGAACGGACAGGCCUUCUCCGGAGAGGUUCAACUGAUCCACUACAAUCAUGAGCUGUACACAAAUUAUACAGAAGCUGCUAAAAGCCCCAAUGGAUUGGUCGUAGUGUCCAUAUUCAUGAAGAUUGCGGAGACAUCAAACUCAUUCCUGAAUCGAAUGCUGAACAGAGACACCAUCACAAGAAUAACAUACAAAAAUGACGCGUAUCUACUGACCACCCUGAACAUAGAGGAGAUCUACCCGGAGACGAGUAGUUUCAUCACGUAUGAUGGAUCCAUGACCAUCCCUCCGUGCUUUGAGACCGCCACAUGGAUCCUGAUGAACAAGCCGGUGUACCUCACACGCAUGCAGAUGCACUCCUUGCGGCUGCUGAGCCAGAACCAGCCGUCUCAGAUCUUCCUGAGCAUGAGCGACAACGUUCGCCCGGUCCAGCCGCUGAACAACCGCUGCAUCCGCACCAACAUCAACUUCAGCGUGCAGGGCAAAGACUGCCCCAACAACCGGGUUCAGAAGCUCCAAUACCGAGUGAACGAGUGGUUGCUAAAGUAGCCUCCCUUGGAUGAGCAUGGAGACGGCUGACGGAAAGACGAAGAGAGCGAUGGAGG